UCUGGUCCAGAUACUGGCUAACCUCUCAUCUUUCCCCCUGUCUGGUCCAGAGACAGGCUAACCUCUCCUCUUUCCCCCUGUCUGGUCCAGAGACGGGCUAACCUCUCCUCUUUCUCCCUGUCUGGUCCAGAGACAGGCUAACCUCUCCUCUUUCCCCCUGUCUGGUCCAGAGACGGGCUAACCUCUCCUCUUUCCCCCUGUCUGGUCCAGAGACGGGCUAACCUCUCAUCUUUCCCCCUGUCUGGUCCAGAGACGGGCUAACCUCUCAUCUUUCCCCCUGUCUGGUCCAGAGACGGGCUAACCUCUCCUCUUUCCCCCUGUCUGGUCCAGAGAUGGGCUAACCUCUCCUCUUUCUCCCUGUCUGGUCCAGAGACGGGCUAACCUCUCCUCUCUCCCCCUGUCUGGUCCAGAGAUGGGCUAACCUCUCCUCUUUCCCCCUGUCUGGUCCAGAGACAGGCUAACCUCUCCUCUCUCCCCCUGCAGGGUCCCUCUCUAAUGCCUCUCCUCUUUCCCCCUGCAGGGUUCAUGAUCGGCGGGGACGUGCUGAGGCUGCUCCAUGGUCACAUGGAUGAGUGUCUGACAGUGCCGUCGGGAGAACAUGGGGAUGAGCAGCGCAGGACGGUGCACUACGAGGGGGGAGCUGUGUCCAUCCACGCCCGCUCCCUCUGGAGACUGGAGACGCUACGAGUGGCGUGGAGCGGCAGCCACACCCGCUGGGGUCAACCCUUCCGUCUCCGUCAUGUGACCACGGGGAAGUACCUCAGUAUCAUGGAGGAUAAGGGCCUGCUGCUGAUGGACAAGGAGAAGGCUGACGUCAAGUCUACUGCUUUCUGCUUCCGCCCCUCCAAGGAAAAGCUGGACUUGGGGCCAAAGAAGGAGGUGGAUGGCAUGGGUGUUCCUGAUAUCAAGUACGGGGACUCGGUGUGUUAUAUCCAACAUGUGGACACCUGUCUGUGGCUCACAUACCAGGCCAUGGACGCUAAGUGUGCGCGCAUGGGCGGCGUGCAGAGAAAGGCCAUCAUGCACCACGAGGGUCACAUGGACGAUGGGCUGACCCUGUCCCGCUCACAGCACGAGGAGUCCCGCACCGCACGGGUCAUGCGCAGUACCGUCUUCCUGUUCAACCGAUUCAUCAGGGGUCUGGACACCCUCAGUAACGUCUCUCUCUCUGUGUUCCAGGGGUCUGGACACCCUCAGUAACGUCUCUCUCUGUGUUCCAGGGGUCUGGACACCCUCAGUAACGUCUCUCUCUCUGUGUUCCAGGGGUCUGGACACCCUCAGUAACGUCUCUCUCUCUCUGUGUUCCAGGGGUCUGGACACCCUCAGUAACGUCUCUCUCUGUGUUCCAGGGGUCUGGACACCCUCAGUAACGUCUCUCUCUCUGUGUUCCAGGGGUCUGGACACCCUCAGUAACGUCUCUCUCUCUCUGUGUUCCAGGGGUCUGGACACCCUCAGUAACGUCUCUCUCUCUGUGUUCCAGGGGUCUGGACACCCUCAGUAACGUCUCUCUCUCUGUGUUCCAGGGGUCUGGACACCCUCAGUAACGUCUCUCUCUCUGUGUUCCAGGGGUCUGGACACCCUCAGUAACGUCUCUCUCUCUGUGUUCCAGGGGUCUGGACACCCUCAGUAACGUCUCUCUCUCUGUGUUCCAGGGGUCUGGACACCCUCAGUAACGUCUCUCUCUCUGUGUUCCAGGGGUCUGGACACCCUCAGUAACGUCUCUCUCUCUGUGUUCCAGGGGUCUGGACACCCUCAGUAACGUC